AUGGUUAUUGUGGAGAAGCUACAUCUUUCACGCUACGACGCCCGAUCCCGGACGCCAAGGGAAUGGUCUGACAGUAACUUCUUCGGAGACCGCGCCACGUACGAGGCCUCGGAAAACCCGCCUUACUUGAGCGUCACGGACGUCAAGGUCACGGACGAAGGGAUGUACGAAUGCCGCGUGGAUUUCCGCCGAUUGCCGUCGCGGAGGCACACCACCAGGCUCAAUGUGGUUGUUCCCCCAGCUGCUCCCAAAGUCUUGAGGAAUGACAGUACGUUCGCCUCGAACGGCAUCGCCGGCCCUUACAACGAGGGAUCCAACAUCACUAUUACGUGUCAAGUGAAAGGAGGAAAGCCACCCCCGCAAGUGAAAUGGUGGAGAGAGGGCGAACUCCAGGACGCAGAGUUGGAGAAGAGCAUUGGAGGAGAAUAUCGCAACACUCUCAAGAUUGGUCCUUUGACACGUGAGCACCUUGGCGCCCAGUAUGUGUGUCAAGUGAGGAACCACGAGCUCGUACCUGCACUCAGUACCAGCGUCACUCUGCUUGUCAACGUUCCGCCCUUGGAAGUGAAGAUCCUGGACCCGCCGCCUCACGUGGUGGCCGGGAGAGCCCAGGACGUGCAGUGCCGGAGCCGCGGCGGCCGCCCGCACGCCCGCGUCAGCUGGUGGCUCGACGGCCGGGAGCUCAUCGCCUCCAGGGCGGUCAACAAAACCGACGGGACCCUGAGCAUCCUCACCUUCACGCCCACCAAGGAGGACAGUAACAAGGCGUUGCAGUGCAAGGCAGAGUCUCCCGUCUUGCAACACACGAUCAUUGAGGACGCGAUGAAGCUCGACGUGCAUUGUGAGUCCCUCUUUGCUGCGGGUUUCUUUGUUGUUGUCAUUGUUACUAUAAACCGCUACCGCUGUCCCGUGGCACUCUCGCGGGUGCCGGCCCAAGUCAUUCGGGCCCUCUGCACGUGCGGCGCUUGA